GUUUGUUUACCCAUAUACUAUUUAUGUCCUUAGUAAUGUAGAGAGUACGAGGUAGUGAAGAGUGUGAGGAGCCUGGCACUGGUCAUGCGUAGGACGGAGGCAUCACCAUGAAGACACCAAAAACUCCGGAUAAAUUAAGCCCGUCGCGGUUUUCAAAGUUUUUGCCAGAGUAUGUGGAAUAUGCAGAGCGCAUCAGAAAAUCACUCUACUAUGGCCGAUUAUCAGUUACAAACCGUCCCUCCCUGCCCUUUACAAGCUUGUCCGUUGAAAAAUUCAGUGAAUUGUGCCGCCAAGAUGGAUUGGAGAAAUUGGAUUUGCGUUAUGCUUCUUCUAUGUGUUAUGAUGCUUGUGUGACUCCAUGUUCUCUCAUCCUUGCCCUGGUAUACCUUGACCGCCUUCAUUCUCGUAACCCUGAGUAUUUGACGAGCACUUCACCAACACAAGUCUUCUUAGUAGCUAUGAUGGUGGCAAGCAAAUAUCUCUAUGAUGAUGGAGAGGAAGAUGAAGUUUUCAGUGAUGAAUGGGCCAUGUCUGCUGCUGUACCUCUUAGUGACUUCAUUCAAGCAGAAAAGGAGUUCUUAGUUGCCAUUAAUGGAGAGUUGGAGGAGGUCUUGCUUCUCCAGGAGGAGAUUAGGAGGCUGAAGGUUCACCUCAAUGGAUCUGGGAGAGAGUGUGAGGUGGCUGGAGUUGUGGGGAAUGAGGCUUCUAGCAGUGAGGUGCAGUCUGUCUCUCGCUGUGAGGAGGCUGUAGGUGGGGGGGUAGCAACGGCUACCAGCAGUGAGGUGCAGUCCAGCACCUGCUACAAGUGGCGAGUGGUUCACAGUAAUGGGAGGCGCAUCAGAGUAAGGAAAGUUAAGAGUGAAGAUCUGAAGGAUUGGAACCUCUUUGUUGAUGCUGAUGCAUUUCUCCGUGCUUUUGAACGUGUUGAGAGUGAGAUUGCAUGGCGCGAAGGAGAAAGGAGAGGUUACUUCACAUACACAGAUAUGCUCUCGUUGACACACACACUUCCUGUUUCCUGCACAUCUCUUCUAAACUUGUUGAGCCAUGUACUUGCAGUAUGCAUGGUUGGAUACACUGCUGCUAUUGUGAGUAUUGUUGCUGGUACACUUUUAGCCCAAGAAUGCAGUCAACACAUAGUAACGGUAAUGAGUCGUUUAACAUCUGACAUGAUGAUAAAUGAAACAACCACGCCAUGCCUUGAGAAUAUUACCAAGAUAUCAUAUUCUGAUCAAGUGACAGACUCCCUAAGCUUCAUAACAGGUAAUGUUGUAACAAGUUUGGAUGAAGACAAAGAUGGGAAUAUUAGCCUGAUUGGCUUACCUUCUCGAGCAAUCACCACGCUUACCACUUCCAUCUUGCUGGCUAUGUCUUCUCCAAGUACACUUCGUCAUCACCAGCACCGACAGCACAGGAGUGGAAAAAGAAAUUGUCGGGCCUGCCAUUCAUCCACUAAUGACGAAAAUUGUGAUUCACAAACAGUAAAUCUUAACUGUUUUGAAUCUCAUGACUCAAACUUGGACCCUACUGACACACGCUUGAGCUUUACUACAGGACAUUACUGGCCGCCAUCAAGUCACAGCCGUAGAUAUGGUUACCUUAACAUUAAUACCAUUCUUUCGGAUCUUUCUCAUCUCGAGCUAUCAUCUGUGGAUCCCCAUGCAAGUGAUCAAAAGGAUGACUGGGUAUACUCCAACCCUUGGAUGAUUCCCUGGCUGUCUUGGCAUAGUGCACCUGUCUACAGUGUGUUUCACAACUUUUCUGGCAUUGGAGCUCCAAAUAUGGCUAGUUUUAGGAGAAGUCAACAUGACUGGGUAGAUAUGCUAGGAAACAUGUGUAAGUCUAUGCAGAAAAUAGUAAUUGAUCUGAUUCCACUUAAACAUACUGCCACCCUUAUUCCAGCACCUUUGCUCAGCAGAGUUGCUAUGACCUACUCAGUCCCAGAUCCUGUGCCUUGGUUACUGUAAACUAAAUGGUGUUGAUUGCAUUAUUGGGCUCCUUUUCAUUGUUGAAAGGAUUUUUUAUCUUUGGUAACUAGAUAAAAUUAAUAUUUCCUGUGAAAAUAUAGCUUUAAUAAUCCUCUUCAGGAAGACUAGACCAGUGUGUGUAGCUUACAAAAUUAUGUUCUUAGUGUCAAAGCUGAAUUAGUUUUUAACUUUCUAAGAAAUUUAAGCUUUUAAUAAAUGCUUAGUCUUUAAUACAGUAUUUGCUUAGAAGAUUUUGAAUGUUUCCACUCAUAAUGGAAGUUUCCCUUAGACUUGAGAUAAAGAUUAUAGAAAUUAAUGUAAGGAAGAACAUGAAGAUAGUGAAACAGGCUUGCUUGCAGUACACUGCGGUUCAUGAAUGAGUGUCACCAGAUUGAUCUCAGAGUUAUUAUUGAUACAGCCAUCAGUAAAUUUUACUGAAUUUUUCAAAUUCAGAGAUGGAAAAUAGUUAAUAAGCACUAGUAUGUAAGAGCUUUUGGCACUCAUUACAAUGUGUAAAAUGUUGAUAUAAAAUAGUUUGAAACUGUCCUAGUUCAAUAUUUUAAGUUUUUAUUCUUUUAUUAAUCUAGGAUCUUUGUCCAAUUUAUUUAUUCUUAAAUCUUUCAUUCCCCCCCCCUCCCCUCCUUUUUUUUUCCUAAAGUGAAUAGAUGUUUCAGAUAUAUGGAAAGACAGCAUUGUCAGAUUUUUAUAUUGUACUUGUAACUAAAUUUAUCAGGACUUUUAAAA